AUGCGGAACAAGUCUGCAUCGAAACGGCAGCCAGAGUCUGCUGAGAGUCAGGAAGGCAAUACCGUAAUGAAGCGGUGCAUCACGUUCAUGCAGAAAAAGAAGGCAGCAUCAAAACUUCUGUUCCAAACGUGCAGUAAAGAGGAUGGCGCCAGUAUAAAGCAACACACUCCACGCACUAAAGACGAGCUACUUCCUGCUACAACAAGGCCAUUGUGUGGACUUUGGCUGCUACUACAAGAAUCUUUACCAAGCACACCUUGGUCCUCAUCACAGGAGCCCCCAUCUACCCUGACAGAAAGGGGCUGGAGCCGAAUUUGCAAGGAUUUUACACCACAAACCAAGAAGCGGAUGCAGAAGCAUUUCGAUGAGAUAUCAAGUGUACGGAGGACUGUGUCAAGACUGAAAAGAGCCUCAGCCAUCAUUCCACCAGCACGGAUAUUGGCCGAGUCAUCCAGGUACCUCAACAAAGACUUUCUAGAAAUUCUUCAUGUUGAGAUGCAUCUGCAACCAUUGAACAAGCACGGAAGACGCUGGCCAAAAGAGUUCAGUCAGUUUACACUUCCUUAAUCAGCUUCCUGGUCAUGUCAAAUUCCAUUUGGGCCAAGUAUACAUUUUUUUCUAUAAAUGCAAGCUUUUUCAUUCCCCAUUCUUGUUAGAUAUAAUUCUUCUUCCUC